GUUGUGGUUUGUUUUUCAGUUACUUGCAUUCAUGUUCACCGCCCAUCAUCCAUGGGAAUCUGACCUGUGACACGAUAUUUAUCCAACACAAUGGACUCGUGAAAAUAGGAUCAGUUGCUCCGGACACCAUUCACGUGCACAUCAAGACUUGCCGGGAAAACAUGAAAAACAUGCAUUUUAUCGCGCCUGAAUGCGGAAAUUUCGUGACGCCCGCCAUCGACAUUUAUGCGUUUGGCAUGUGCGCGUUAGAAAUGGCCACUCUGGAGAUACAGGGCAACGGCGACAGCGGCACGCUGGUCACGCAAGACCACAUCAAUCGCACGAUUGAGUCGCUGGACGAUCCUCUGCAAAAGGACCUGAUCUACCAGUGUCUGACUGCCGAUUUUGAGAAACGUCCUUCGGCAAGGACGUUACUCUUCCACCCCGUACUGUUUGAGGUGCACGCGUUGAAACUGCUCGCGGCGCACGCUCUGGUUAAGACUGAACAUUUUGCCGACCGACUGUCCGAUGAGAUGUACCCUCAGGAAAAAGUGAUAGCUGAGUUAGUGCACCCCAACGAUGAAAUUCGAUCGGUUCAAUUCAAAAUGUCCGAUGUCCCAGAGAGCAAUAAGCUCGAAAAGUUCGUCGAAGACGUCAGGUGUGUGUUGUGCAUCAUUAUCCUAUAACGUUAUUGUCUAUAUAUUUUAUAGUCAGAUAAUAUAUGACUGUAACCGUUAUAACCAUU